AUGCCUCCCAAACCUCAACAGAAGCGACGACCACUGGAGGAGACGACAGAGCCCCUGGCUGGAAAGAUCGUAUUUGUUCCACCGAAGAACCGGAUUACCGCUCGACUGAAGCCCGACCUGGAGAGAACAGGCUACAACCAUCCAGGGGUGAUCAUAUCCUCGCGGCCUGAUGGCGUUGGCCGUUUGACGUCUUUUAAGGACACACCCGUCGCCUACGUUCUCGACCGCGAGGAGGACUAUGCCCAUUACCUACCCAUCGACGACGCCCUCCACCCCAUAUCGUCCAUACGGCGUCUGAAGAGACGUCCCGAAAGCCCCUCGUUGCGGAAGAAGUCGUACGUGUACAUUGGAGAAAAUCAUACCAUCCCCUACAAGGCACUCGAGCCAUACGGCCGGUCAUCUCGAUACUCAGCGGGCCCGUGGCUCUGCGAAAACUUCGAUACUGGGGUCCGAAGGCUCAUCUUCGGACCCGCCUACGCCUACAGAGAGAUCACUCUCAAUCUCACGGCUCUCCUCUUCAUCUUUAUCCUUCUCUGA